AUGGCGAAGGACGAACAGGCUGUGGCGAAGGUUCGGCGGAAGGGAAUGAGGUGUGAGGGCAGCCGCGUGAGGUCUGGGUGCGCACUUCGGCAGCGAGGGCCCCGCGCGCUGCGCCCCCCUUUUAUGCAGCAGGUCGCCUUUGAGCAUGGCCGAGGGGAAUUUAGGAGGAGGAAGCUUCUGGCUCCCAGAAAGGGCCCAGCGGUCCUGCCUGUGCUGCCAGCGGGCGAAGCUCUGAGGGCUGGGGGAGGGGAGGGCCCUGACCGUGGGGUGGGGCGGGGGCGUGACGUCCUGGCCCCUCGCCGGGGAAUGGACACCCUGUCACGUUCAUCCUGGGGGUGCAGCGCGCGGGGCCCCCGCUGCCGAGGUGCGCACCCAGACCUCACGCGGCUGCCCUCACACCUCAUUCCCUUCCGCCGAACCUACAAUCUGCACCACAGCCUGUUAGCCCUUUGUACCUUCAUCCCUUUCUACCUGUGUUCACCCUCUGUACCUUCGCUUUGCUCCUUCGCUUCCAUGUCCCCGCUGCCCCUCUGUGUCCUCCUGAUCCUCACCCCACAGCCUUCAUGGCUACUCCUCCCGGCAGCACCGCCUCAAGACUUGGCGUUCGACCCGGACCUCAUGACCCCUGGUGCCCCGGAAGCGAACGCACCCAUGUCUCUGCGCUCUGCUGAUCUACCGCCUGACCCUGCUCAACCUGGUGACCCUGAACAACCUGGUGACCCUCCUGACCCUGUUCAACCUGGUGACCCUGAACAACCUCCCGACCCUCAUCAUCCUCCUGACCCUGCGCAAAGUGUGGAUGCUCUUCAUUCGCCUCAAAGGCUGAUGCCCCUGCCUGAGCCGGGGGCCUUUGACAACCCCGGGUUCCUGGCACGAGUCCAGAAGUUAGCCCGGUCUCAGAGAGUCUCUGGAAUUCCGGCAACACAAUUGGUUCCAGGGCCUGUUCGACGGACAAGAAAGGUGGGCAUACCCAAGAUGAUUCGGGCUGAGGGCUCCCGGUCAUUGGGAAUCCCUUUAUCUCUCGCUAGUCAAAGUUCCACACCAGGUGACUUUAUUGCCCCACCACUGAAUCUAGUUCAGCGGCAACUCUCAGGGACAAUUGGAAAACCUGAGAAUUAUGAUCCACAGGAUCAAAUAAAUGAAAUGCUGCAGGCGCCUUUGGACCUGCUAGAGGCCACAGACGAGGCUCCAGUGCCUCCUGAGGAAAAUAUUGAACCUCCAGAGGAGGCGGCUCACUCUCUUCCCAUCAGGCUGUAUCCGAUGCAUCAGGAGCCCUCAGGUCAGCCUCCAGAACGCCCUAAGGAAAUGGACCCAUUUGUACUCCAACAAGAGGCUUCUCAGGAGAGUAAACUUGGCCCAAACCAGGAGCAAUGUCUCCAUCCAUUGAGGGCAUCCACAACGCAAACUCCACCGGAGAAUCCAAUUCUUCGUUCAGUAUUGUCCAAUGUCAGAGUUAGCCAAGCAUCUGGGGAGUUUGCCUUAACUCAGGAGCCAGUUCAGGAGGUUCAGUCAGGUCAAACUCUGCAGGAAGCCCCAGUACAGCCAUCAAAGUCUCCCCAGAAGGUUAAACCUGCAAUUGAGCAGGAGGUCCUCGCUCCCCUUCCAGAGCAGGAAGUUGAACCUUAUGUGGUUCAGCAAGAGGCUCCACCACAAUUCCCAAUGCCCUCUGAAGAGAUUGAACCUGUUCCAGGUCUGGAAAAAUCUUUAAAGCCCCCUGAAAUCCUCUCAUCUUCUCACACUCAGCAGGAGGUUCCAGGUUCCCCCCUAGAGCUGCCUGAGGAUUUCCAACAGGAAAACCUAGCCCUGCCUCCCAAGCCUCCCAAAGAGGUUAAACCUUCUCCAAUGGAGCAAGACUCCCUAGUUUCUCUAACCCAGGAGAACACUACUCAGCUUCAAGGGCCUCUUGAUGUAGUUGAACCUAUACCAGGUCAACAAGAGUACACCUCAGAGCCUCCAGAGUCCAUGGAGGAUGGGAAGCCACCUACAGUCAUGCAAGAGGCCCUAGCUCAAUCUUCAGAUUGGCUUACAGAGGGAGGCUAUUCUCUACUCCAUUUGGAGAACUCAUCACAACUUCUAGCAUCCACUGAGGAGAAUGAAGCACCUGCAUCUUUGCAGGAGGCCUCAGGUUCACCUGCAGGGCAAAGUGAAGUUCUGCACCCAGCAGUGCACAUUUCCACUGUUAAACUCAUGGAACUAGCACUUACUAUAACUGCACAGCCCAUUACUGAAGUAGAACCUUCGCCAACUUACCAAGAAAUCUCAUCUGAUACUCCAAAGGCCCCUGAGGAGACAGAACCAUCUGCAGCUCAGCAAGAGGUCCCAGUUCAGCCUCUUCAGCCCUUUGUGCAGGGAGAACCUGACCAAACUCAGCAAGGGGCUCUAUUGCAACUUCCCCCAGAAGUUGAACCUUCUCCAGCUCAGCAGGGGGUCACCAUUCAGUCAUUUGAACCCCUUGGACAGAUAGAAAGUGUAACUUAUCAGGAGUUACCAUUGCAGAAUCCACAGCCCCCCGAGGGGAUUGAACCUUUUCUACCCCAGCAGGAGAACCCAAUUCAGCCUGUGGAGGCCCCUAUGGAGGCCUCUUCUCCACUUGAGCAAGGGAUCCCAUCUCAGCCUCCAGAACUUCCAAUAGAGAUUGAACUUAAUCCAGCCCAAGCAGAGGUGCCAUCUCAGCCUCCAGAGUCCCUUAUGGAGGUUGAACCUCCUGCAGCUCCUCAGGAGCUUCCAAUUCAGGAAUAUCCUGUGAAUACUCAACAAUCUUCAGUGCAGCCAGAGAUCCCAAUUGCACCUCCAGAGCCUCCUAUGAAUAUAGAGCCUUCUCCAGUUCAGGAGAAGCUCCCACCUCAAGAGCCCUUUGAGAGUGUAGAACCACCUUCAGUCCAGCAGAUAGCCUUUGCCCCAUCUCCAGAACUCCCUACAGAAGUGGAGCCUUCUCCACCAAUUCAACAGGUUGCAACUCAGACUCCUGAGCCUUCAGAGGAAAGUGAAACGUUACCAGUCGAGCAAGGAACUUCUCAGCAAAACAGACUUAAGUCUUCAUAUGCAGAAUUUACCAAUACGACAGUGUUACAGACUAAGACUUCUACAACCCCACAAGAAACUGCAUCUCCUCCAAAGUACAGCACACUUAAGUCUUCAUAUGCAGAGUUUACUAAUACAACCGUGUUACAGACUAAGACUUCUACAACUCCACAAGAAACUGCAUCUCCUCCAAAGCACAGCACACUUAAUUCUUCGUAUGCGGAAUUUACCAAUAUGACAGUGUUACAGACUAAGACUUCUACAACCCCACAGGAGACUGCAUCUCCUCCAAAGUACAGCACACUUAAGUCUUUGUAUGCAGAAUUUACCAAUACGACAGUGUUACAGACUAAGACAACCCCACAGGAGACUGCAUCUCCUCCAGAGCAAGUGACAGUUCAACUUGUGAGUCCAGAAGUUAUCAUGACUCAGCAUCCAACAUCAACAGAGGCAGCUCUUUCUUCACCAGUGACUCAGCAUUCUUUCAAUUUCAUCCCAGAGAAGGAGCACAUGUCUCCAAGGGGGCCACCAACACAGAGUGCCAAGAACAGAAGUAAUGCUGACAUAUGUGAGCUCUGUGACUGCCAAAAUGCCACGUUGUCCUGUACUGGCCUUCCAAAAGAGAAGAAGCUCCUCAGAGUGCCUGUGCCAGAGCCCAACACGUACAACGGCACCUUCACUGUCUUAAAUCUCCAAGGCAAUGAUAUUUCUUACAUUGAUAAGAAUGUUUGGAAGGCCUACCAUUGGACUGAGAAACUAAUUCUCAGUGACAAUUCCCUGACUGAAUUGCACAAGGACUCAUUUGAAGGACUGCUCUCUCUUCAAUAUUUAGAUUUGUCGUGCAAUAAAAUACAGUAUAUUGAAAGGGGUACAUUUGAAGCAUUGCCUUUUUUGCAGUAUGUAAAUCUAGGAUGCAACUUAAUCACUGAAAUCACCUUUGGAAUGUUUCAGGCCUGGCAUGGAAUGCAAUUUUUACAUAAGUUAAUUCUCAAUCGUAAUCCUCUAACAACUAUUGAAGAUCCAUAUCUUUAUAAUAUGCCAGCAUUAAGUUAUUUAGACUUGGGAGCAACACAAGUGUCCCUCAAGACAGUUGAGAACAUCCUCUCAAUGACGCUUCAAUUGCAAAAACUGAUUUUACCUAGUCGUCUGACCUGCUGCCUUUGCCAGUUUAAAAGCACCAUUGAAGUUGUGUGUAAAACAGUCAAGAUGUUUACAAAACAUCAGUGUGCAGAGGAAAGGUUGCUCAGUAGCAAACUGCCACAACAGCCAUUUUUCAAUUCUUCCUUCAAUGCCAGUGCUGCUUUGGAGAUCAAUGCUGGAAUGAACAUCCUCAUGCCAGGAGUGCAGGCAGAAGAUGGAGGCAACCACAUCACCAGCCCUUAUGUAGUAGCAGGUGAAGAAGCAUCUCUAAUGGCUCAAGCAGGAACAUUCAUGAAGGCACUGCAAGUGCGGAAGAAGAGUAACAGCACUGAGCUGACUAUUGAGCCAGAAAAAACAACCUCCAGUGGAAGCGGUGUCACAUUGUCAACUAUGCGAAAGGAACCACUAGAUGUUCAUGACAAAAGGGCUAAACUAGGUAAAAAUAAGUUAAGACGUUCUAAGAGCUGGAAUAAUCACUUAGAAAAGAUCCAGCAAACAGAGCUUAGGAAAAAGCUCAAAGUAAAGAAAAUCCCGAAGACCUCAGAGGGCAUGCAGAAGAGACACCUCAAUGAGAUGGAAGGUCAGAGCAUUAUGAGGAAGCAGAGAUCCUGGCUAUUAAUGGAGAGCACCUCCAAAGCAAUGAUGCCCAUGAGAACAGCUCCCAGUGAGCUGCCUCACAGUGAACUGCACAAAGUGCGGGAGCCACGGAAGGUAGAGGGGAUCUUCUUGGACAAGGAAUUUUCAUUCAGCAAGGAUGAAAUGAGCAGGUCUUUCACCUCUCCUCAUUCCAAAGGCCAAGCUAAGGUUGGAAACCCUGGGGAAGAUUUGGCCAACACCAUUUAUGUUUUAGAAGAUGCAAAUGCAAAAGUUAGAAAUAUGAAGGCUCCUCAAUCAAUGGGAUAUCCCCCCAAAACAUACAUCUUCCAUAAAUCUCAUUCUCGUCUAAUUCGCAGAAGGCUAAAGAUGAAACCAAAGCAAAAAUUCAGAAAGGCAGAUUCCCUCCAGGAGCUGAUGAUUGGAAACAGAGCUCCUUUCUCUGCAGUGAAGAACCUCAUAGAUAUCGCUCCACGAGAGGAUUUUUUGUCUGCAGGAGAUCUGAAUUCUCCAGAAAAUCUUCCUCCUGGGUUAUUUGUCAAUUCUGAAACUUCUGGAGGAAACAAUGUACUAUCUGACACUUUUCCUGAAAGCUCUGUCCCCAGGAAGCCUUCCCCUGCUGAUUUUGCUCUGAUGAUAGAAGAGCCACCGGUCACUAUUAAACAAAUUGAUAAAACACGAGGGAAAUAUCAUAACACUAAAUUACCCUCCAAACCUGAAAGCUCCACUAUCCCAAUGCUCUUGUCUGCAAGUGACAGAUUUAAAAGUCAUCUCAAUCAACAGCUACAGCCCCUCAUCCCCAACAAAGAUGUGAGAAUGCUCCUUUCCCAUGUUGCCCAAAUAUUGAAAAUGGACUACUCCCAACCCCAAGUACAGUUGGCCUGUGCCAAACUCUUCUCCAGAACAGGCCGCCUGUUGAAGCUUCUCAGCGAGCAGCAAGAUCUAAAGGUGGCUAAGGCAGACUGGGACACAGAAGAACGGAAGACAGACUUCAUCAGCAAGGUCACAGACAUCCCGAAUGAGCCAGAAGUGCAGGGACAAGAUGAGCUCACAAAGGGAGUACAAAAGUAUGGGAUUAAUAGGAAACUCAUCCUGGCAAUAUCUGUGACUGUCUUAGUGGUGAUUUUGAUUAUAGUUUUUUGUCUCAUUGAGAUCUGUACUUAUAGAAGUUAUGCAAAGGAGGAUGUAGAAGCAGGAUUCUCAAGGGAGAUCCGAUCUGCUCCUGACGUAGAGAAGGGCGAGACGGCAGAGAGAACACAGGAAAGUAAGGAGAGUGACGUCGAGGAGACGGAAGGGUGA